AUGCUGCUGCUUCUCCUAGGCAUCGUCCUCCUGCACGUCGCCGCUCUGGUGCUCCUCCUCGUCUCCACCAUAGUCAGCGUGUGGACCUCCAAUGAAAUCGGCACCUCGGACCUGUGGACCAACUGCUCCAUCAUCAAUGGAAUUCAGCGCUGCGACGGCGCCUCCACUGGAGAGUGGAUCCAGGCGGUCCAGGCCCUCAUGAUCCUGUCCAUCAUCUUCAGCUGCUUGGCACUCUUCCUCUUCUUCUGCCAGCUCUUUACUCUGCAGAAGGGUGGACGCUUCUUCAUCACUGGAACCUUCCAGAUUCUUGCCAGUUUGUUCGUGAUGAGCGGUGCCAUCAUCUACACAGUGAUGAGUCCGGAGUGGGUGCCCGAGACGGACACCUUCGGCUAUUCCUACAUCUUGGCGUGGGUGGCCUUCCCAUUGGCGCUGAUCAGCGGCCUCAUCUAUGUCAUCUUGAGGAAGCGAGAAUGA